UUAAACAUCAUUCUUGGCCAUUCCCUUUUCUCUCAAAAAUGGAAGCCACAAAAUCCAAGAUAGUAGUCCACGACGUCCCACCCUACCUCCGCGUCUACCACGACGGCACCGUGGAGCGCCUCCUCGGCACCGCCUUCGCCCCCGCUUCCCUCGACCCCUCCACCGCCGUCUCCUCCAAAGACAUCCUCCUCCACCCCGAAACCAACCUCUCCGCCCGCCUCUACCUCCCCCCCACAACCCCCGCCUCCAAACUCCCCCUCGUCCUCUACUUCCACGGCGGCGCCUUCUGCAUCUCCUCCUCCGCCGACCCCUUGUACCACUCCAUGCUCAACUCCCUCGCCCGCCGCGCCCGCGCGUUGAUAGUCUCCGUCGACUACCGCCUCGCCCCCGAGCACCCCCUCCCCGCCGCCUACGACGACUCCUGGUCCGCCCUCCUCUCCCUCUCCUCCUCCUCCCCCGACCCGUGGAUCGCCCAGCACGCCGAUUUCGAUCGAGUGUUUUUGGCCGGGGAUAGCGCCGGCGCCAACAUCGCCCACCACCUCGCGAUCAGGGCCGGUGGUACGGCGGGUCGGGAGCUGGGCUUCGGGAUCAGCGGGGCGCUGAUGGUGCAUCCGUACUUCUGGGGGGAGGAGGCGAUCGGGGCGGAGAGGGAGAAUCCGGUGUUCAAGGCGGUGGUGGACGGGUGGUGGAGGUUCGUGUGCCAGUCCGACAAAGGGUGUGACGACCCGUUGAUCAACCCGUUCGUGGACGGGGCGCCCGGGAUGGAGGGGUCAGGCUGCGGGAGGGUGCUAGUGUUCGUGGCGGGGAACGAUAUUUUGCGGGAGAGAGGGAGGCUUUAUUACAAGGUGCUGUGUGAGAGCAAAUGGGAGGGGAAGGCAGAGCUGUUUGAGACCGAAGGAGAGGAUCAUGUGUUUCACAUCAUCGACCCCACGUCUCAAAAUUCGAGAGAUUUGUUGCAGAAAUGUGCGGAUUUCAUCAACCAAGAAUGACUUUUGACUUUUGUGUUUUUGCUCUUUGUUGUAAUGUGAGAGAUUGAUACAAGUGUGAUGGGGUUGACUAAAGCAAAGUGGUUUUAAUGAUGAUAUAAGGAAGAAAAAAUUGAAUAUA